GAUGUAGCAUUACUGGUCGAGGCCCCGAGACAAGUUUGGCAGUCGCCACUUCUCAAAGCGAAGAAAGAAACAUCCAGAAAAGAAAGCGAGAGAAGCGCUCAAGUGGUGACUCGUCGGCCAUGGCACAGUCGUCGGCGGCGGCGAGGAAGCCCUCGGCAGCGCCAACCGUCGUCCUGACUCUUGUCCUGGCCCUCGCCUCCGCGGGCCUCCUCUUCCUCCUAGUCCACCUUUCCCCUUCGUCGCCAUCCGCGCACCCGCACCCCCACCGCCGCCUCCGCCUGCGCGGUGCCCACCUCAGGCACGGAGGCGCCACCCCGCACCAGAUCCCGUUCGACCCCGUCAUCGCGGACCUCGAGCGCCGCCUUGACGACCGCGAGUGGGAGCGCCUGGCUGCCGCGGGGCUGCACGCGCCGGGCAUGGAGUCUGCCCCCGUCCCAGAGGACCUCGCGGACUACGAGGACGAGUACAUCAAUGACGCCGCGCGGUUCAACAUGACGCUGCGCGUGGCGGCGCUCUUCCCCAAGAUCGACGUCGACCCCGCCGACGACGCCGUGACGGGCGCCGAGCUGGCCGCGUGGAAUCUCGCGUCCGCGCGGCGGGAGGUGCUGCACCGCACCGCCCGGGAGCUCGACAUGCACGACCGCGACCACGACGGCCGCGUCGCCUUCUCCGAGUACGAGAGGCCCAGCUGGGCUUGGCGGUUCGACGAUAAUAACUCAACCAGUGAUGGGAUGGGAUGGUGGAAGGAGGGGCAUUUCAAUGCUGCUGAUAUGGAUGGUGACGGCUUUCUAAAUCUGACGGAGUUUAACGAUUUCUUACAUCCAGCUGAUACUACCAACCUAAAGCUAAUACAUUGGUUGUGCAAAGAAGAAGUCAGGGAAAGAGACAAAGAUAAUGACGGGAAGCUCAAUUUCCAAGAGUUUUAUAAUGGAUUGUUUUAUUCAGUUCGACAUUACGAUGAUGAAACUUCAACAGAUGACUCCAAUGGCUCUGAUGCACCGGCUAGAAAGUCGUUUUCACAGCUUGAUCUGGAUAAUGAUGGGCUUUUGUGAGCAGACGAGCUAAAACCUAUCAUCGGAAAACUCCAUCCAGCAGAAAACUUCUAUGCCAAGCAACAAGCUGACUAUGUGAUAUCACAGGCUGACACAAACAAAGACGGACAACUGAGUUUGAAUGAGAUGAUUGAGAACCCCUAUGUAUUUUACAGUGCUUUAUUCACAGAAGAUGAUUAUGGGUCUCAUGACGAGCUCCGGUAGUUCCUUGAAGUAGAUGGUAUUCAGGACCUUUGAACGCUUGGUUAGACAUUUGCUGCGGAUAUAUAUCUUCAAUGAUCUGUUGGCCCCAUCUACUGCCUUGCCAAGCACAUUUCAGGCACAAGCGUGCAUUUCCACACGCCUGUUUUAGCAACAGAGCAUUCAUUUGUUACAUUAAGAGUUCUUGAAUUAGUUUCAUGUUUUGCAUGGCAAGUUAGCAUUGGUUCUUCCAUAUAUAGUUUUUGGUGUGCAAAAGUAGGUUGUUGUUCCAGGAUCACACACUUGUAAACUAUGAAAACCAGGAAGGUGCAGCUGUAGGGCUUGUAUGUAUGUAUGUAACUGGCAUUCCUGAACCCUAUCUGUAAACAUUGUGAAGUUAUGUUCUAUGAAAGUGAUUCUAUUCUCUUC